AUGUCAACUGUAAUGCCAACGGGUUUCAGGUUCCAUCCGAAGGAUCACGAGUUGGUGAGCUAUUACCUGUAUAGCAAGGUGAAUGGGGAUGAGUCGGUAAUUCCACCACCAACCUAUAGGAUGCCAGAGGUCGACGUCUACGGUGAAGAUUUGGGAGAGAUUCGGACAGCAAGACGGAGAGCCGUUGUAUUUCUUUGCAAUUGCCAAGAAGUUAACCCCAAUGGUAAGCGGAUUGAUCGCACGACAAACUCGAGAUUGGGAACAUGGAGCGAGGGAGAAAGAUCUAAACCGGUUGAUGAUGAGAACGGAAAUCCAAUUGGGACAGAGGAAAUUCCGUUAUGA